AUGGAAGACCACACUGUGAGAGACGCCGAGCUGGCAGAGAAGAAUGAGACUACGCAUCAGGAAGCUUUGCACCAUGGCAAGCUCACAGCCGAUGAGCUCGAGAUCGAGAAGAAGUUGAGGAGAAAGAUUGACAUUAGGAUCAUGCCAUUGGUCAUUCUAGUUUACUUGAUGAACUACAUUGAUCGAAACAAUUAUGCGGCCGCCCGUCUUCAAGGCCUUGUUGAAGAUCUCCAUCUCGUUGGCGAUCAAUACCAGGUCGGAUUGUCCAUUUUGUUCGUCGGUUACAUCCUCAUGCAAGUCCCAUCCAAUCUCCUUCUCAACUAUGCUGGACGACCGAGUUGGUACUUGGGGUUUUUUAUCAUAGCAUGGGGGCUGGUUUCGGCACUUACUUGUUUGGCCACCAACUACGCUGGCAUCGUAGCAUGUCGCUUCUUCCUUGGGUUGGUAGAGGCGCCUUUCUUUCCUGGUGUUUUGUUCUACUUAUCAAAGUGGUACACCAAAGAAGAGCUUUCGAAGCGUAUGGCCAUGUUCUACUCGGGAUCGUUGGUUUCGGGCGCUUUUGGCAACCUCAUUGCAGCUGGAAUUCUAUCGGGGCUGGCUGGCAAGAGGGGAUUGAGUGCCUGGCAAUGGCUCUACAUCAUCGAGGGUUCAAUCACGAUUUUUGUCGGUCUGGUAGUCAUUGUCGUAUUGCCCGACUUUCCAGACACAUGGAAGUCAUUAGAUAUCGAAAUGAAGCGUGUGGCAAACCGCCGUCUUGCUCUCGACGCUGCCGAAGUUGACGUUGACGAAGCAGGCGGCAUGUCUCAAAUCCGGGGCAUGAAGCUGGCAUUCCAAGACCCAAAGACGUAUAUGCUUGCUCUCGCAUAUUUUUGCAUCACAGGCUCCUCAGGAUUCCAAAACUUCUUCCCAACCUUAACCCGUACACUUGGGUACAACAACACCAUUUCCCUCCUGCUCGUGGCUCCGCCUUAUAUCUUUAUGGUCAUAUACUCCUUCUGUCACUGCUACGUGUCAGACCACAUCGGCAACCGCUUCUGGUUCCUCACGUACCCAGCUUUCAUAGCCAUCGCCGGAUUCCUCAUCUUCAUGUUCACCGACUCCUUCGGUCCUCGAUACUUCUCCUUUUUCUUAUUAAUCUUUGUCUUCGCUCAGAACGGUGUAAUAUACGCUUGGAUCUCUAAUGCUAUCCCAAGGCCGCCAGCUAAGCGUGCUGCGGCCCUUGCAUUUAUCAAUUCCGUCGGAAAUUCCGCCUCCAUCUGGACACCCUUUACUUACUGGCCGUCCUCUGGCCCGCACUACCGGCCCGCACUUGGAAUAUGCAUCGGGCUUGAGGUCCUCGCAGUGAUUUGCUUCGUAGCUUUGAGAUUCACUCUCCAGAGGCAGAACAAGAGGUUAGAGGCGUUGGAGAGGAUGGGUGGGGAUUUGGACGAGAGGGAAGCUAAGAAGUUGGAGAAGACGGCCGAGGUAGAGGGGAUUGACAUCAGGACUGCGAGGGAGAUGCAGAAGGGGUAUCGGUAUAUGCUUUAA